GCAACAGCCUGUGUCACCGAAAAGGGCAAAGCCUUCGGAAAUAGAAACAAAGUUGGUCACAAAUCACAUUAGCUUUGCCCGAAGUUUUUCCCCACACUCUUCUUUAGCGUGCUACUAUGGGGAAAGUGACCACUUCUGGCAGCGGAGGUGGUCGGGGCGGUUUGGUAGCGGGGGAGCGGCUGUAACUUCUACGUGACCAUGGUACCUGUUGAAAACACGGAGGGCCCCAAUCUGCUGAACCAGAAGGGGACAGCGGUGGAGACCGAGGGCAGCUACCGAGCCAGCGGCAGCCGGCAUCCUCCCUGGGCGAGAGGUUGUGGCAUGUUUACCUUCCUGUCGUCUGUCACUGCUGCUGUCAGUGGCCUCCUGGUGGGUUAUGAACUUGGGCUCAUCUCUGGGGCUCUUCUUCAGAUCAAAACCUUAUUAGCCCUGAGCUGCCAUGAGCAGGAAAUGGUUGUGAGCUCCCUCCUCAUUGGAGCCCUCCUGGCCUCACUCACCGGAGGGGUCCUGAUAGACAGGUAUGGAAGAAGGACAGCAAUCAUCUUGUCUUCCUGCCUGCUUGGACUUGGAAGCUUAGUCUUGAUUCUCAGUUUAUCCUACACGGUUCUUAUAGCGGGACGUAUUGCCAUAGGGGUCUCCAUCUCUCUGUCUUCCAUUGCCACUUGUGUUUACAUUGCAGAGAUUGCUCCUCAACACAGAAGAGGCCUCCUUGUGUCACUGAAUGAGCUGAUGAUUGUCAUCGGCAUUCUUUUUGCCUAUAUUUCAAAUUAUGCAUUUGCCAAUGUUUUCCAUGGCUGGAAGUACAUGUUUGGUCUUGUUAUUCCCUUGGGAGUUUUGCAAGCAAUUGCAAUGUAUUUUCUUCCUCCAAGCCCUCGGUUUCUGGUGAUGAAAGGACAAGAGGAAGCUGCUAGCAAGGUUCUUGGAAGGUUAAGAGGACUCUCAGAUACAACUGAGGAACUCACAGUGAUCAAAUCCUCCCUGAAAGAUGAAUACCAGUAUAGUUUUUGGGAUCUGUUUCGUUCAAAAGACAACAUGCGAACCCGAAUCAUGAUAGGACUAACACUGGUAUUUUUUGUACAAGUCACUGGCCAGCCAAACAUAUUGUUCUAUGCAUCAACUGUUUUGAAGUCAGUUGGCUUUCAAAGCAAUGAGGCAGCUAGCCUCGCCUCCACUGGGGUUGGAGUCGUCAAGGUCAUUAGCACCAUCCCCGCCACUGUUCUUGUAGACCACGUUGGCAGCAAGACAUUCCUCUGCAUCGGCUCCUCUGUGAUGGCAGCUUCGUUGGUGACCAUGGGCAUCGUAAAUCUCAACAUCCACAUGAACUUCACCAAUAUCUGCAGAAGUCACAGUUCUAUCAACGAGUCCUUGGAUGAGUCUGUGAUUUAUGAACCAGGAAACCUGUCAGCCAGCAAUACUACUCUCAGAGACCACUUCAAAGGGAUGGCUUCCCACAGCAGAAGCUCACUCAUGCCCCUGAGAAAUGAUGUGGAUAAGAGAGCGGAGACAACCUCAGCGUCCUUGCUAAAUGCUGGAUUAAGCCAUACUGAGUACCAGAUAGUCGCAGACCCUGCGGACGUCCCAGCUUUUUUGAAAUGGCUGUCCUUAGCCAGCUUGCUUGUUUAUGUUGCUGCUUUUUCCAUUGGUCUAGGACCAAUGCCCUGGCUGGUGCUCAGCGAGAUCUUUCCUGGUGGGAUCAGAGGACGAGCCAUGGCUUUAACUUCUAGCAUGAACUGGGGCAUCAAUCUUCUCAUCUCACUGACAUUUUUGACUGUAACUGAUCUUAUUGGCCUGCCAUGGGUGUGCUUUAUAUAUACAAUCAUGAGUCUUGCAUCCCUACUUUUUGUUGUUAUGUUUAUACCUGAGACAAAGGGCUGCUCUUUGGAACAAAUAUCGAUGGAGCUAGCAAAAGUGAACUAUGUGAAAAACAACAUUUGUUUUAUGAGUCAUCACCAAGAAGAAUUAAUGCCAAGGCAGCCUCAAAAAAGAAAACCGCAGGAGCAGCUCUUGGAGUGUAACAAGCUGUGUAGUAGGGGCCAAUCCAGGCAGCUUUCUUCAGAGACCUAAUGGCCUCAACACCUUCUGAACGUGGAUAGUGCCGGAACACUUAGGAGGGGGUCUUUGGACCAAUGCAUAGUUGUGACUCUUGUGCAUUCUUUUCAGUGUCAUGGAACCGGUUUUGAAGAGAUACUCUGAAAUGAUAAAGACAGCCUUUAAUCCCCUCUUCGCCAAAAGGAACCUCAAAAGUUAGAUGAGGUACAAGGUCCUAAGUGAUCUCUUUCUUAUUCUGAGCAGGGUAUCAGGUUGAAAAAAAGCUACUGGCUGGUUUAAUCUACCCUCUUCAUAGAGCCUUUGAAAAGGCUACGUCCUAGCGAAGACAUCAACCUCUGCCUUAAGCUAUAUAUGAACGGAGGCCAGUCGCAGCUUUAUUAUUCAGACACACAAGUGGCCUGGACACGAGGGUACAGUUUUUGCCUACCAAGACACUACUUGCGCUGGGUCUCACGUAAGAAAGACACACAGUGUGGACAACUGCCUGUAUAUUCUAUCUGGAUUAGGGGAGGGUCCCGGCGAGGAUUUCAGUAGUAAUUCCUAGUUACAGUUCAAAAAGUAUGAAGAUUAAAGAGCUUAUUUUAUGAAUUAUAAACUACAAUUUAAUGCAAAAUAUCCUUUUAUGAAUUUCAUGUUAAUAUUGUAAAAUAUUAAAAGAAUUCUGCAAUCGUUGAGAAAAAUGAGCAUUUUUUCCAUUUUUAAAAAAUACAUAGAAAAGAAUUUUAAAAUCCUGGGACCACGUUUAUUUAGAAGUAGCUGUUAGUAAAAUAUUAGAAAAGGAGUCAGACCAUUAGGUUAUUUAUCCAAAUCUCUAAGCAAUUAGGUUUAAGUUUAUUAAGUCAAGCCUAUAAAAGCGGCGUCCUUGUAAGGCUUUCAUGACAAUGUAUAGUCAUCCACAGUGUCCUGCAAUUCUUCACACGCCUCAGGAAUAUCACUACCUCAGGUUACGGCACACAGGUUAUAAUCGAUGAUGACUUUCAGAUGACCGCAGACAUAAUAAAUGACAUUCAGACAUCAGGACACUUCCCUCACUAUGUGCUUCUCUAUGAUGGCCACCUGUACCAGCAAUGUGGGUUUCACCCACACAAUGAUGAGCUGUUCUCUACUUCUCCAGUUGAUUUUAAAGACUUGGUAAGAUGUCUUACUAGUAAAAUUUGGGUAUGAUGAUAGAAAAUCCACAAUCCAAUCUUGAACCACUUAAGUAGUAACAUAUUAAAUUACUAGUAUUGUUUAAGUGAUGGAUGACACACAAAAAACUUAAAAUCAUGAACAACCUAGCUUGGAAAAGAAUUUUAAAACAUGAUCAACCUGAAGAAAAGAGAAUACUAGGAGCCAAAGCUCCUUUUCAUUUAGCCUGGAAUUUUCCUACUGGUUCCUAACAAACUGUCUCAAUGUCAUAUAAGGGAAUAUGAUAUACUACAUUCCCUUAUAACAAUGCAGAGAGACUAUAAAUCUAUGUAAGAUAGUAAAACUGUAUCAGAGACUCAGGAGAAUGACUAAAAGGCCUAGAUCUGCAGUGUAUUAUCUGCAUUAAAAUUGGCAGGGGGAAGCUAAAAGUAAAGAUUUGAGAUCUCAGUUCUAUCAUGGCAUAUUUCAAAUGCAAGUUAGGGCAUGCAUUGUCUUUUGUUUUUGGAAAGAGAAGGUAAAGUGUGUUCUCCCCAUGUUUCCUUCCGUGUUUCAUAGUUCAAACACUAUCUAUGCUUUAGGUAUUCUUUGGUUUAGCCAUUCAUUGUAAAUGGGCAGGAAACUGUUUAUCAACCUAGCUUGGUUUAUUACUAGUGACCUCGACUUCAGUAUCUUGAGCAUUCUAUUUUUCUUUUAUUACCCUGAGUCUGUAACUAAACAAUUUUGUCUUCAAAUUAAUUUUUAUCCAAUAUCCACAGCCCCACACCAAAUCAAGCUUUGUGAUUUUCAAAAAUAAAAAGGGGGAAAUACUUACAAUUUAUACAUAUACAUUCACAGUUUUUAUUUAUUAAAAAAAUUUACAGUACUUAUGGAGAGCCAGCAGAAGACAUCAGAGCACUCACUUCUUCCUGUCUUUGUUAAGGUUAGCAAAUUACCCAUGGACACUGCUAGGUGAAGCUCACUCGGCAGCCCUGAAACCAGACCUGGUCACACUGUCUUUACCCUCUCCCUUCAAAUAAAGCACUUCAAUUAGCUACUGAUCUGCCCCGUUUUCAAGUCAUGUGAAUACUAAAAAGGUUCCAUCAUCUGGAUCUCUACCUUGGCUAUAUAAGUGUGUUUUCCCCAUUCUAUAUUUCUUUUUUCGGUGAACAUUGCAAAACAGGAGGUGCCUUACUACUAUUAAUUAAAACUAAAUGAAAUAUGUAAAAUAUUUAAUACAGUGAGCUUGUAACUCUUUCAUGUCAUUUUAUUCUCUAUAUUUAUGACUUUGGCUAGCCUACUGAAUCUUAAAAUGAAGGAAAUAAACACUUUUUUAAAAAAAAAAAAAAAGGAAAAAAAGUCUAAAAAUCUCAAUGAAAUCUUUCAUAAGAAAAAUGUAAGUUAGGCUUUGCCUUCUACUUUGGAGGGAGUGAGAAGCAGGUUAGGGAAGGCACUGAGAAGAAAAAAGAUAAAAAUUCUAUGUAUUAUUCAGUGCAGUGCCUAAGCUAGGUUUUCAAGAUUUUACAAUAUGGUAAGAAAAAUAUACUAUAUAUGGAGGUUAGGAUGUUGCAAUUUUUCCACAAAGGUUUUAAAACAUUUUGGAAAUACAAGUUUUUGUGGAACAUUGUGUUGGAAUAUUGUCUCCAUUAAGUUUCUCCUGAGAAGUUAAUUGGACCCUCCACUUAGCUUUGUUUCUCGGUAUAAUUACUGUUGGUUACACUAAACUCCUAAAUCUAAGUGACAGGGGACAACUACAGCUUGAUCCUGUAUUACCACUUCAGGGCUCCUGGGUGAGCCAGACACACUGUUUCAUAAAUGCGUAUUUAUUAUCACUUUAAGAGUAGCAAUCCCAUAUACUGCAUAGUCACUCUUUAACUCCAUUAAAUAAGAUACAGCAAGGGGAAGGACAAUAUCACACAAAAUGGCUUUCAAAUUCAAGUGGGACUAUUUGAUCAUUACAUUGUGGCACACAGGCAGCAGCUUGGCUUGUGGGCACUUUUGUUAAAACAGCUCAAUGUUAUACCAGCUUCUGACAAGAUUCUUAGUAUAGCCUUGAGCACCAACCCAAGAUUAAAGAACCUCAAUCACUUCUCUACAACUACAGGUGUUGAGUCUUUCUGGAAAAACAAAGGUCCAAAUGAGGCACCAUUCAUCCCAGCUUCUUUCUCAUGUCCAUCUAGUGGGUAAGAGGUUUCUCUUUUUAAAACUACAAUUUCUUAACUUUUACAAGUUAUUUAACAUUUUCUAUCAUAUUAAAUUAGCAACAUAAAACAUUAUCCUUUAUCUAUAAACUUCUCCGGUUCCCUAGAGUUUAUAUACACGUUUUGAUUUCUAAUCUUCAAGAACAAAAAUUUAUAUUUGUUAUUUGGUAACAGAGCAUUAAAAGAUACUACACACAUGUGGUGCAUACACACACACACACACACACACACACACA